AUGGCGAGAGCGGCGGCGCCCUUGCUCCCCUUCUUCUUCCUCCUGCUGUCGUCAACAUCGCCGGCGGCCGCCCAGAAGAAUCUCCUUGGCCGGACUCCCCAGAUGGGGUGGAAUAGCUGGAACCACUUCGGCUGCAAGAUAGAUGAGGUGAUAAUCCGAAAAAUAGCUGAUGCCAUGGUGGAUACUGGUCUUGCGAAACUGGGAUAUGAGUAUAUCAACUUAGGUAAUCGCUUCGCGUUUCUCGCUCGCUUUGGUUUUCCCCCUUUUCAACUCUUCAUGUUUAGAAAUGAGGCCUGCAAUAUUCACAGUGGAUAUAUUUGUUUUGAAACUGCAGACGACUGUUGGGCAUCUCAUGACAGAGACUCCCAGGGCAAUCUAGCUGCAAAUGGAACAGCAUUUCCAUCAGGAAUGAGGGCCUUAGCAGAUUAUGUGCACGGGAAAGGGCUCAAACUUGGACUCUACGGCGAUGCAGGCAGACUGCAGCCCGGUUCGCUAGGAUACGAAGACCAAGAUGCGAGAACUUUGGCAGCUUGGGGGAUUGACUACCUGAAGUAUGACAACUGCAACAACCAAAACAUCAGCCCACUAACAAGAUAUAACAGGAUGAGUGAAGCCCUUAUGAAUUCUGGAAGGGACGUUUUCUUCUCCCUUUGCGAAUGGGGUGUGGAUGAUCCAGCGACAUGGGCAGGCAGCUUUGCAAACAGCUGGAGGACAACAGAAGACAUCAAGAACACAUGGGAAAGCAUGACGGACAACGCUGACAAGAACGACAAGUGGGCACCUUAUGCAGGGCCUGGUGGAUGGAAUGACCCAGACAUGCUGGAAGUAGGAAACGGGGGGAUGACAAUAGAAGAGUACCGUUCUCAUUUCAGCAUAUGGGCUCUAGUCAAGGCUCCUCUGAUACUUGGCUGCGAUAUCAGCUCAAUGAGCGCUGAAACCAAGGAAAUCAUCACCAAUCAGAAUGUCAUUGCAGUUAAUCAAGACAAACUUGGGGUACAAGGGCGUAAAGUGCAACAAGAUGGAGAUCUAGAAGUUUGGGCUGGUCGCUUAAGUCGAGGGAGAGUUGCUCUUGUGCUGUGGAACAGAGGGCCUGCUGAAGCAUCUAUUACUGCUAGUUGGAGCAACAUUGGUCUAAACCAAUCAGCUGUUGUAGAUGCUCAUGAUCUGUGGACAGAUGAGGUUACAUCAUCAAUGCAAGGAAACCUGACGAAUAAGAUGGAUUCUCAUGCUUGCAAGAUGUAUGUGUUGACCCCAAAAUAG